GACUUAUUUUACGACACAAUUGACGACCAGAUCAAUCACAAUGGGACGAAUUAAGAAGAAGGGAGUCACUGGCCAGGCCAAGAACUUCAUUACCAGAACCCAAGCCGUACGAAAACUCCAAAUCAGUCUCCCCGAUUUUCGAAAACUCUGCAUAUGGAAGGGCAUAUAUCCUCGAGAGCCACGGAAUAGAAAGAAGGCAGCCAAGAACUCGAGCCAUUCGACGACUUUCUACUACACGAAAGAUAUCCAAUAUCUGCUUCACGAACCACUCCUCCAGAAGUUCCGCGAUCAAAAGGCGCUCGAGAAGAAGAUCUCCAAAGCCCUAGGAAGAGGGGAUGCGCACGACGCACAAAGACUCGAACGAAAUGCGAACCGGCCUGAGAAGACGGGAAAGACAAAAUAUACGCUCGACCAUGUCAUCCGAGAACGAUAUCCUACUUUUGUCGAUGCGCUGCGAGAUCUCGAUGACUGCCUGUCCAUGCUGUUCCUUUUCGCAAACCUCCCGUCCACAGAUACCGUUCCUGCAAAAAUGAUCGCAAGAUGCGAGCGAUUAUGUCUUGAGUUUGAACACUACUUAAUUGUGUCACACAGCCUGCGAAAGUCGUUCUUGUCGAUCAAAGGCAUUUACUAUCAAGCUACGAUUCAAGGCCAAGAUAUCCUGUGGUUGGUACCUUAUAGGUUCAACCAAAGAGUGACUGGGGACGUGGACUUCAGGAUCAUGGGGACAUUUGUGGAAUUCUACCAAACACUGCUUGGCUUCGUCAACUUCAGACUUUACACCUCAAUAGGUCUGGUAUACCCACCAAAGUUUGAUCAGACUCGUGAUGAUCUUGGCGCUGAAUUGGGAGCGUUUUCUUUGGAAGGCAAUGGGAUCGGUGCGAUUGAGCAACCAAAGCAGAUCACAAAUGGGAAGACAGCAAAGCCAGAUCCGAAGCUACAGAAGGAGAUCGACAAACUCAUGUUACGAUUGAACGAACCUGAGAAGGAAGCACAGGAACCGGCAACCAGUCAAACUUUGGCAGCGGAAGAUGAAGACGAGGAAGAAGAGCCGACAGAGACAAUUGAUAAGUUCGAGCCAGCAGCACCCGGUGGAGAUAUUUUACUGCAGCCCUCGUACUCCGCCACCGAUCCUUCAACCCUCUUCUCAAACUUUACCUUCUUCCUCUCUCGAGAAACUCCCAGACAACCCCUUGAAUUUAUCCUCCGAGCGUUUGGCUGUAAACGAAUUGGCUGGGACGCUGUCCUUGGUGAUGGCGCAUUCACAACCAAUGAGCUUGAUCCAUCAAUUACCCAUCAAGUCGUGGACAGACCACCGAUCCAGCUCCCUUCUGACGCUGAAGAAGAAACUGAAGAUAACCAGACUUCACAACGUAUCAGGCCAGGAGCCCGAGUGCCCGGUCGAACAUACGUUCAGCCACAAUGGGUCUGGGACAGUGUUAAUGAUGAGGAGCUCAAGAGACCGGAUAUCUAUGCUCCUGGCGCCUCACUCCCACCACAUCUUAGUCCCUUUGUAAAGAAAGUCAGAGGCCAAUACGAUCCAACUGCUCCUCUCAACGAACAAGAACGCGAGGACGAAGAGUUGGAGGUUGAUAGUGAUGCUGAGUCUGAUGCAUCAGACGAUGAUCUUGCUGUACAAGCUCCCAAAUUGUUAACAAUUGAGGAAGUCGACGCAACUGCCGAAGGUAUGGAUGUGGCUGGGUCUGAUGACGAUGGUUCCGACGAUGCCGAGGAAGAUGUUGAGUUUGGCGGAUUUUCUGAUGCUGACGAGGAAGAAGAGGAUGAAGGUGUAUCCGAGGCUUUACAGAGACAGCGCGAACUAGAAGCUGAAGCUACUGGAGUUCAACUAGAAGAAAAGGAGGUCGAUCCAAGAGCUAAGGCUAAGGUCGAUGCGCGAAAGAAAGCAGCGAAGAAGGCUAAGGAAGAGGAAGAGGAGUUGGAGAGAGCAAAGAUGAUGAUGAGCAGGAAGUCGAGAAAGGUCCUUGAGAAAAUGACUUAUAGCAACAAGCGAAAGGAUGUCGAGGCGGAGAAGUUAAGAGCCAAGAGGAGAAAAAUCGAGAAGUCAGGGAAAGGAGCUCGAGAUGUCUAAACUGGCGUAGUAUUAAAAGUGUGGCGUUGGAGGAUAUCUAUUGAGCGUUUCGUGGGCUGGCAUUAUAAAAUGCUUAGAAAGAUAGUUCACUAUCAAAUUCUAUGUGCUCUUUGUACUGUACCAUGAAAUUCGUA